AUGACUGACCAGAAGGCCCUGGCCCACUGGCCACAACUCGGAUUGUCCGAGCUAGCCAAAUACACCAGCGAGCGGAGUCGAACUCACAAUGCUCCGAGUACGGUGAACCGCGAAGACUUAUACCAGUUCCACCUGGUCCAAGAGCGGUCGAUCCUCCUCCCCAGCACGGCCGUCUCGUGGGACUUGGACAACUCGUUCAGGGCCGAUCAACGCCACCAGCACGACAAGUCGCACGUGCUGUGGAAGAAGUUAAAGACGGUCGUCAUGCUGGACGAGCAAGUGCGCCGCGGGCGAUCCGUAGCUGCAGAGGCUACUGAAGCGAAUCCCACGGGGCGUGUGGACCGCACGGAUCUGGACCUCUUCAACUCAAUGUGCUACCACGAGGGUGAGCAAAUCCCGUGGGAAUUAGGCACUACCGUGGUGACGCCGCCGAACGGGAGCUGGUGGAACCUCAACAUGGAGGCCAGCUUGGCGAUUAGACUCAGCAGCGGUCGAUGA